AAACUGACAAGAUUAACAUUAACCAUCUAUCCUUACUACUAAAGACUGAUUAUUCUCUGUGUUUUAUUCAUUCACAUGUAUGGGCGUCUCUAGCCGCUAUUUACAAGCUCACGGUUACCAUGUCUGAUAAAGGCACUAGUUCAGGUUGUAAACGAAGUCGACCAGAAGAUUGGGGCGAGAUUGACCCUUCUCCAGUUGUCCAUGUCCGUGGUCUACCAAGACAUAGUGUUGAAUUUGAUGUCGUCAAAGCAUUUGAGCCUUAUGGGCGUAUUCGUGACGUAACGAUGAUGCCUCAGAAAAAACAAGCUUUGGUCGAAUUUGAAGAUAUAUCAUCAGCUGAAGCACUUAUAGAAAGAAAUCCUGAAAUGAAAAUUUUGAAUAGCCUGGUUCAAAUCAGUUUCAGCACGUCAAAACAUAUAGUUCAACGGGCUGCAAAUAGAGCUCCUGCCGAUGAACAAAGUUCGCUCUCAGCAGAUAAUCAUAUCCUUCUGUUUACAAUUUACGAUACUGAUCGUCCUAUAACUGUUGAAACAAUUUAUCGAAUAACGUUUUCGUACGGUAGUGUCCUUCGAAUAGUUAUCUUCCGGAAAUCCCAGGUUCAGGCAAUGGUGGAGUUUAGAAGUAUACAAGAAGCGCGCAACGCAAAGCUCCACUUGAAUGGUGCAGAUAUUUUCCCAGGAUGCUGUACUUUAAAGGUAGACUAUGCUCGUCCAGCUCGAUUAUCUGUGCCCAGGAAUGAUCAGGAUAACUGGGACUUCGAGAAAUGUGAACGUGACCCAUCCUGUAAUUUUCAAGAUGAUCACUACCAAAACUCGCUUCUCGGUUAUAUGGAUGAGGGUUAUUAUGAUUACGAACAUCCUUAUGGGCAGUAUCCAUACGAAAAUUCGGACGAAUACGGACGCCCAUACCCCCCAGAAUGUAAUAACGCACCUGUGGGACCUCAUAAUUUUCCCACACUAAAUGGUGCUCAAAAUAGGAAUAAAAGUUUCAACUCCACGCCAGUGGUUAUGCUGUACAAUAUUGAUAUUAAGAAAAUGAACUGCGAUCGCAUAUUCAAUAUUUUGUGUAUAUAUGGCAACGUCAUCCGCGUUAAAUUUCUCCGUACUAAAGAAGGUUCAGCUAUGGUUGAAAUGGGCGAUGUUGAAUCAGCUACCCGCCUUAUACGAAAUUUGUCAGGUGUUUCGUUUAUGGGUAACCAGUUAAUGGUGAGUAAUGUCUUAUCUGAGACUGAUUUCUCGUUUACGUUGUAUGUUUUAUGUCUUUGUAUUAUGAUUUCCCGACUUAUUUCCAUUUCGGAACUUUUUCGUCCACAUUGUUUUCCAUAUGCUGUGUUCUUUUAACUUUUCAUUUUCUUGUCUAGCUUUGUAGCACCGUAGUGUAUCAGUUACUCAAAUGUAUGUAUGCUUAUCGAUCCGUAAAACUGGCAUUCAAGUUUAAGUUCACACUACAGACAGAAGUUCAUAUUUUGUUUUUAUCUAUGUGUCGUUCAAAUAAAAGGAUGCAUGAAAAAUGCAUAUUUGUCGAAAGCAAAAAGUUCAUAUCAGCAUUAUUGCUGACAUAUGUGAGAAAUCGUUUCAUUUUCAUGAGAAACACAUAAAGAGACACCCUUUCCCAAACAGCCUAAAAGUCUCACCUCAUUGGUGUUAGUUGUUUCAGUAAAGGUUCUCACCUAGUGACAUGGCUAUUAUCUUUGCGUGAGUUGUGUAGUAGACUUUGUACAGUCCCAAUAAUCAAAACCAUCGCAAUUUUUUCUCUAUGUAUUCUCGUAUCAGAGUUUUAUACGGUUACACAACUCCCCUUAAAGUGGUAAUCAAAUGGUGACCUAAUGAAUAUAUCCCCUGAAAAUGUAGAUGUUUCGUCAGCUUGCGAUCUACAAGGUAGUGGAAAUGAGUAUUUGGAAGCUAAAUAUUCUUAUUUGAAGUCAAUAAAAUCAGUACAAAUAUCUUAACAAGCUUCCCUCAGAACAAUAAAUAUUUAAUUGUUCUAUGUUUGUUUAUUCCCUGUUCGCUUACCUCUUUGUCCUUGAUUAGUCUUAAUUUCGUUUCCGUCUGGUGAAUUUUCUCCAAUAUACACUUCUAGUAAAUUCAAAAAGCAUUGAUCCGAACUUCAUGUUAACCUCCAUAUUCAUUCUGUCUAUGAAUGCGCCAUGUUAGAAAUUGCUGAGAGCAAAUAGAACACUUCUAUCGAUGACAAUAAUAUAAAAGAAUCUACGAAUUUUCUCUCUUCACUAGCCAACAUUGUUAAAUCAACUUUGCUGUGAUCACUCAUUUAGUAUUUAUGUUCUUGGUUUGAUACUACGUUUUCUAUCCUGAAACGUAGGUUUCAUCAUAACAUUUAUUCUUAAAUUAGCUUCAAAAAUAUUUGAACACCAUUACGUACUAAAUUGUUUCAGUCUCUUGUUUUCAAUUAAUUAUGAAGCAUGUGACAUUCAAUUCAACAUGUUUUAAAACUGCUUUAAUAAUCUUGUUACAUGCAGGCAGUUUUCUAAGAGCAGUGGUAAUCGAAUACUACUGACUUCAGUACAUAUGAUAACCACAUUUCAUUUCUAUAUGACUUACCAUUGACAAGUAGCUAUCUUUUUAGCAUCAUUUUGAACUGUGUUUUUAUUUUCUCAAGCUAUAAAAUAGUUAACACACUUCAGUACUUCCUAAAUAACAUACACCGAAGGUAGACAUAUGUAAUCUUUUUUGAAAAUGGUAUUGGACCUUGCAGAACUAAAGUUCAUUCCAUUAGUUAAGGGCUGUAUUGAUAUAGUCCACUGUUGGCUGUCAAUUGCUAAUUGUUCCAAUAAUAAUUUAGUGUUUAUGUUAUGGUUUAUUUAUCUUAGUGGGCUUAAGUUCCUAUUAUUCGAUUCCUUCAUCUAUUCACCUGAUUUCUUUUGAUUUCCAGGUACGAACUAGUAAGCAAGAUGUCAUUUUGGAUGUUUCUAGUCCAUUCCAGUUGCCCGAUGGUUCUCCUUCUUUUAAAGAUUACAGCAAAGAUCGUAAUAACAGAUAUACUACAGCAAUCAUGGCUAAAAAGAACCGUAUUCAUCCACCUUCACGUACACUGCACUACUGGAAUGCUCCUCCUAAAAUUUCGAAUAACGAGUUAUUAGAGUUUGUGAGAAAAUGUGAAGCCCCUGAACCUCAGUGUAUUGAACAGUUUUCAAAAGCCUCGGAUAAAUCCUCAUCUGGUUUUAUGAAAUGGACUACAGAUGCUGAAGCAUGUGAAGCUUUGGCUUUAUGUAAUCAUCAACCUAUUAAAGAUGAAGAAUGUACAUAUCCAUAUACUAUUAAGCUGGCAUUUGCGAGUCCUAAUUUAUCUGCUGAACCCAUUCAUGUUGGAAGUGACAAGAGUAAUGAGGAAAAUGGACGAAAUCAUACCGAAUAAUUUUAAUUCACAGCAUAACAGUGGACACUGGGACUACGGAAGUUUAUAUACUGCCUUUAUAUGAGAGAUAAAUUACCACAACUGAUCAGUCCAAUGAACAUUCGUCUCUUCAAUAGUUCGUAUGGAGUCAGGUAUAUAUGUCCUACAUUGAAACCUCCUCUUCGUCACACUCAAAGACAUUUACCAGCAAGAAUUAGAAACGAACAACGUUAAUCGGUCACGUCCUGUAAUCUAAAACAUAUAAUACAAUCAAAAGAUUCAGUCUCCGAAUAUUCAUUCAGUGUUAAUUACAUAAUUCAGCUGAAUAGUACUACAAGCUUCCCUCAAAUCUCAGCUUCAGACAUUUACAGAUUAAAACUAGAGUUAUGUGUACAGGAACUUUUAAAUGCAUCUCUUUACUAUGGCACUAAUUUUAUUUAUUUUUCCUUUUACGCUUACCAAAAUGCUUCUAUUUUCCCCAAUUUUAUUUUCUUACUAAAAGGGACCACUUUAUUCACUUGGAAUUCUUGAUUAUCGUUUGUGUUACGUCUUUCAUUUCAACUUUGCAUGUGUAAUUAUUCAACUCACCCUAAUAAAUAGAUAGUCCUAGUAUUUCAUAAUAUAUUCCUUUAUUUUCAUUUUGCUUAAAAUGAUGUCGAUUUCCUGACCAUGAUUCUUAAUAAUAAUGUUUUAAUAAACAUAUAUAUAUUGUUUU